AUGGAUUCUGACUCUACUUGCUCGCUAAGCGAUAUCCUUACCGAGGUCGAUGAGUUUUCAUCAGAUACCAUCCUCUCUGACCACUCAUCCAACCUGGUGGCGAUACUCUCAUCGAAUUCUCCGGAAGUCAUACGGCCCCCAGUAACCUCACCAUCACAAGCGACUGUGAACAACGAAAUUGAAAGCAAUUCCGACGGUGUUUUAUGGUUACGAAGCCACAUGAACAAAAUUCUCUCCCUCUAUACCCCCAUCCAAGCCUACGCACGACCUCAUCAGCUGAAGGACUUGGUCUUUGGGCUUGGUGAAGAUCUUAGGAUGUGGUAUCAGUCCCUACCAAUGGAGAGGCAGUUCCCUCGUGACAUUAUGACCUUCACCGUUCACGGUGCUUCAUUUCAGCUGGACAAUUACUGGCCUGAGUACCAGCUCUUGUUUGCAUCGUAUUUAAUCCUGUUGCAGGUGCGAACACGAACAUCUCUGGAGCCGUAUCUAAGGAUCCUGGGUGAUAUGGACAGGUUGCUGGACAUGGUGGAAGAGGUAUUCAGAACUAAGACCUACCAGGAACCCUUGAUCCAGAAAAGCCUCGUUUUGUUGGUAGAUGCGCGCCACAAUCUGGAUAACUCGUCCCUAACAUAG